AUGCAGGCGCUGGAAGGCUGCACGCUGAGGGUCAUUCUGGGCAAGACCAGGCAGUACUGGUGGUGCUUGCACAUCAGGACGGUUUGCAUCAACACCUUCUGGUUCAACGGCCGCAUAUCGAUUGGAGUACCCAGGUCUAGAGGAUUUCAAGCUCCAAACGACGUGUUAUCCAGGACACCGCUUGCUUCGUGGACAGAUCCGCCGUGGGCCACGUGCAUUUGGAGCAAACCACAGGAGUGCGACGGAAAGCUCGAAGUGGACUCGCCUUCAACUUUUCCAGACACCGAGGUUCGGCUGCUGGUGGACGGUGGCCACGAUGUCGCGCUGAAGUUGCGCUUUGUCGCAUCUGGGGAGGUUGCAGCCUUUGGGCAUGGCCAGAUCCGCAACCCAUUGCCGUUUGCUUUGAUUGUGGCUGCGGGCGUCAUUGCGGGAAAAGUUGCCUCCGGUGCAUGUGAUCCUGCCGCCUGUGCUCGCAUUGCUGCAGAGAUGGAGGAGAGUGGCCCCAGGAUCGCAGCGCAGCUGACGCUGGAUCUGGGCGCGGACCCACGUGCCUUGGCUGACGACGGGCUCUCGCCUUACACGGCAGCAAUCCUCAAAGAGGAUCCUUGCGGAAUGCUGAGUGGUCUCGACAGCGGCUUGCGUCUGAGGAUCUUGAGGGGCGACAGGGCGGCUUGGGCCGAGGUUGCACGCUCUGCAGAAGGUAAAGGUCUUCCAGACAUUGCUGCUGGAGCACUCUCGAGAGGGCUUCCAAUACCGGACAGCAUGGCCGAGGAGCUUCUGGGCUAUUGCUUCCAAGCAGAGCUUCCUCUACUCACGCUUCGAGUCCUGGCGCGAAUCGACGGCAAGCGCUUCCUCAUGCCGGCGCUUCAAAGAGCCCGUUCUUUGGCUUGGCGUCGAGUCGCCGAGAGGAUUGUGCAGCAGGCGCGGCCUGGGCUCAAGCCGUACUGGCUUAGCUCAGAGUCCCUGAGGUACGCAGUCCUGCAGAUCCAAUCUGGCUGCAAUCAGUACAGGCUUCUGUUGGAUUCCUUCCUGCAGUAUCUCAGAGCAUCUGAAGAAGAGGAGUUCCUGAAAGACCCUUGUGCUCUUCCGCGUGAUCGCGGAGGUGCAGAAUGCCCAAUUUGCUUGGAGCCACUUUGCAGGUCUACCCCAGUAGCUUUUGUGGACGCAGCUGAUGCUGCUGUUUGCCUACACCUGCUUUGCAGCAAGUGUGCGCGAGGCUACACAUCAUCCACCAACACGCAGGGGGAAGCCUUGAGGUGCCCUGAAUGCCGGCGACAUGCCAUCACCAUGAGGCAGCUUCCUUCGCUUAGCGAGGACCCGCUGCACUGGUUCGAGUUUUUGGCUUCGGACACAGUCAGUGUCAACGGCAAGGUUGCCAAAUCGAUGUUGCUUCGGACGAUUUCUUCCAUUCUCCCCGUCGAGGCAGAUGCCAUAGAGGCGGGCAGAGUGGGAACAGAGUUGAGCCAGGAGGUAAGUGCAUCUGACUUCCUUACCCAUGAGCUUUUUGUAUGGGUUUGGCGGAACGUGCAGGAGCACCUCCGAUGCAUGAAGCUUGGACCGCCCCCGGACCUUGAAGAGCGAAGGGCAUGGUUCAAGUAUUGGAAUUUGUCAGAGAGCGGCAGGCUUUCGCGAGCCGAGGUGCUGCGAGCAAUCCUCCGCUCUUUUCGGGUGAGCUCGACGGACAGGCAGAAGUUGCAGGAACUGCGAGCAAGAGUCGACAAGGUUUGGGAUCUCUGGCAUUCGAACCGCCUGGCCGUGCAAGGACACGCUGAUCCCAACUUUGUAUCCUGCGAGGAGUUCGCGAGAGACGGUGGCUUUGGCGAUUUGUUGAACGAGAUGUUCGGCUUGGAUCCUGGAGGGCAUGAUCUGCAUCCAGCACCACCUGUGGAGGCUUCCAGUGUCUCGCGUCGACAUGCUGGUCAGCGGCGGCAGCCUCAUGGAGUACCAAGUCCUCGAGGUUGGCGCCCUGCGCCGUGGGAUGGUCGCCCAGGCUCUGCUGGACAUCUGACCCGGCCACUUCCAGGCCCCACAGCCUUUGCGGCAACCGGCUCAGCCGGGGACGGGCCGCCGCCUGAUUUGGAGGUGCCGUCCGAGACGGUAGCACCUCCCGGCAUGUUCGAGGCUUCACCUCUAGCUAGGAUCCCAGUGUGGUUCCUCCAAAACGGUUGUGAGCUUGUGAAUACCGACAACCGACAACAGUGCUUGCUUCAGAAGUCUGUCUUGUUCUUCGAGCUAAUCCCAUGGACGUUGCAUCGACAUUCGGACUUGUUUCAGCAGUCGGCGGAAGAACAGUGGGUGGCACUGAUGAGUCUGGAUGGUGAUCUUCUUGUGGAGAGCCUUUCCAACUUGCCAGUCGAUCUGCAGGGCAGGCUAGAGCAAGUCGUGGAGCACAGCAGCCAGGUCCGAGACGCCCAAGACCGUGGCCUCCAGGUGAUCGUAGACACCAACUUAGGCACUGCAACUUGGCGGUUGCAUGGUGACUCGACCUCCACCGAGGAAGAAGACGUGCCUCAGCCCGCACCUAGUCGGUCUUGGGCCGACCAGACUGAGGCCCCUCAGACACAGCAGGCUUUGGUACAGCAGGCGCCAGCACCUCAGACUACACAGCCGGGCUUAGCCCAAGCUCAGGCCGCCAUGCCAACCUUGCAGCCUCUCAGCAAGAAAGGCACUGGAAAGGGCAAGCAGUCGCCUCCAGUCAAGGCGAUGCCACAGCCUGCGCCAGCCCAGCCACAGACAAUGGCUCUCACUCAGGUGCCGUGUGGCCAGCCACCAGCUAAGGCUCCCACAGUCUCGCCGCCUCCUUCGUUGUCGGCACUAGUCUUGCAGGCCACAGCGACUCAGGCAGACCCGGCGCAGCCACAGCCUCAGGCAGCACAGACAGCCACAGCCAAGGCUCAGUCACCGGCUCCGGUUGCAGACCCACCUCUGCAACAGCCUCAGCCAGCCUUGCAGCCAGGAACGCGAGGGGCGUUCCCAAACGACCUGGUCGGCUAUAAUGCCGGCUGUGCCAAAUGGGCAGCCGUAGGCGCUCAAGGCCUGCUGCCGCAGGCAGAAGUUCUGGAAGUCCAAGGGACAAUGGCUUCAGUCAGUGACUCCACAGUCACCUUCAAGGCAAAGGCCCUUCAGCACGGCGUCCCUGAGGAAAGCCUAACAGCCUGGGUGACAGACGGAAUACAGACUUACUCGCAGCUUCUCUUUCGCGUUGCGAGCGCACCAAAUGCCAUCGACAGUGGCAAGUUGGAUAGUCUGCUUAAGGGCAUGAAGCCCCCAGCCACAGACUCAGUCGCCUCAGCGGUCAACAGACUUCUUUUCGAGGCAGGCACUUUUGUCGUCGCUGAGUUGAGAAGCAGUCUGGAGCAGCCAAGCUCGGAGCCGACCCGCAGACUCUCCACACAAGAGCGAAGCAGUCGCCUCCAGGUUUUACAGUCGAAGCUCGGGAGCUUUCGCAUCUCCGGCCAGUACGAGCCAAGUCAUCAGUUAGUCGAUGCCUUCAGCAGCAUGAUCUCAGACCAAUCAGUCCGCCACGUGCCACUGAACCGCUGCAGUUGCAGAGAGCAGGAGGUUUCAAACGUCAAGAAGGUCGACCUCUCGACAGAGCUCAGGGUGGCACAGGCACUCAGCAGGCGUGGCCUAGCCAUGGAAAUGGCAGGCAUUGGGCCUCCGCCACCGAAGUUUGAUGCACCAGGCAUAGACUCGGCCAAAGCAGCCGCAAUAGACAAUGCCAUCAAGAACUGGCAGCAUAGCAUGCAGGUGGCAUACUUUCUUGUGCCGGUGCCCAAGCCAGAGAAGCCUGAGAAGCAGCCUUUCAAAAGAACCUGGGACCAGUCUUUCGCAGGUGAUAAAGGCGGAAAAGGCAAAGGCAAAGGUAAGUUCAUGCAGCAAGCGUGGCAGGCAGGAAAGAGUGGAAAAGGCAAGAGCGGGAAAGGCAAAGACAAGACUCAGACGUCGUUGCCAGCCGCGCUCAAGGGCCUAGACCCCAACUUCAAGGGUCAGCCCAUUUGCUUCAACCACAGUCUGCCGCACGGCUGCAGCGAAGAGACCUGGCAGACCGACAAGAUCCAUUUCGGGACGUUCGAUAGCUGCGUUUACGGGGGAGCCAGGCGAAAAGCGACCACGUUUUGGUCGAGCGCCCAGUCAGUAACAGCCCUGACACUGAGAUGUCACCCGGGACUGAAGCAUGUACGUCUGCCUUGGGGCAAGUCUGGAUCAGUCUGGUCCACAGCAGAAGAGGCUGCGUACCCACAGGCCCUCUGCAGGCACUGGGCAGCCCUGCUGACACAGGAGCUCGUAGACCAGAACAGACUCGAGGCACCGGGUCUGUGGCAUGGCACUCAGCGUUUUGCAGCAGCCGAAAGGGCCUCUUUGGGUCUGUUUCCCAAAGCUACGCACGCGCCAGUGACCGUGGACCCCUUUCAGGGUCAGCAGUGGGCGAAGCUCGACAGCGACUCUGACAGGACCAAGUUUGUGCCAGGCGUACGCCUUCAGGCAGCAGUGACCAGUCAGCACCCAGCUUGCUCGUUGCCGCCACUGCCUGAAGCCCUGGAGAGGACAGUGAAUAGCCUGAGCAGCCGCAGUUUGUCCGAGAUCCACAAGUUGCGCUGUCAGCGGCUGCGCUCGUUGUGCGACAUGGCUAAGGAGUUGCAAGAGCAAGAGGAUGCAGACCAUAGUCAGCUGCAGCCUCACAUGCGGGACAUCCUAAAAGGAAAGCGUCUCAGGCUGUUCGACACAAUACUGCAGGGAAUAGGCUUUCCAGACAAGCAGCUGGUCAGAGACAUGCGCUCAGGCUUUCGGAUCACAGGCUGGCUGCCGGACACAGACACUCGACCCAGCAAGGUUGUGCCGCCAGUCAUGCACAGAGAUGAGGUCUGGGAAAACAGGCAAAAGCACAACCAACAGAUCUGGAGCCAGUGCAAGCCAAGCGCAGACCCCAAGCUUGACAGGGAGCUUUGGGAACAAAGCCUCAAAGAGUGUGCCCAAGGCUGGGCCACCUUGGAAACUGGCCACACCCAAGCUCCAGAGAACUGCGUUUUAGGCCGCCGCUUCCCUGUCGUUCAAGGCGACAAAACGAGGCCAAUCGAUGAUCUCUCAAUCAGUUCAGUCAACUCCAGUCUGGGUUCAGACGAAAAGAUAGUCGUGCAGCCAUCUUCUAGCACCAUAUCGCUGGCGUUGCAUAUACAGUCUCGAUGCCUCUCCAGCAGAAGGAGGGCGUCUCAGCCAGCAGGGAUGAAAGGGAGAACAUUCGAUCUAAAGACAGCUUUCAAGCAGCUCGGCAUAGCCACUGAGGACCUUCCGUUUGCAAAGGUUUCGGUGUGGAAUCCAGACGCAGCCGCUCCUGCGGUCCUAGCGCUCAAAGCCUUGCCCUUCGGAGCCACAGGAAGCGUUCACGGCUUUAGCCGCUGCAGUCUUGCAAUCUGGCAGAUUGCAGUCAGCCUGUUGCUGCUGCCCCUGACGGUAUUCUUUGAUGACUACACCUCAGUCACAGUUGCAGAGGAUAGCAUAGCCUAUAUUUUGCCCAGAACGCCUUCGGGCUUUGUCAGAGUCAGCAACACAGAAGGCAGAAAGCAGGAAGUCACAGCGACCUGCCAGCGGGCACUAGCCUCUGGAACCUUCUCACCAGCAGAGUGCCUGGCAUUUGCAGGCAGGCUGAGGUGGCUAGACGCUCAGAUUUUCGGUCGGAAAGGCAGAUGGGCUUUCCGCACCAUCCUGGAGCACGGAACCAGGCCAGGCAGAAACAGACAGCUGCAGCUCUCUCCUCAGCUGCGUGACGCUUUAGUCUGGGUGCAGCAGCACGUGCCCACAGCCAAGCCCAGAGCCUUCAAAAGGCCACCGACCAAGGCAUACAACGUCUUUACUGACGGCAGUUUUGAAGCAGGGCUGGGGCGCAUAGGUGGAGUUCUCUGCAGCCCGACAGGUCAGCUCACAGAGUGGUUCCAGGCAACAGUGCCACAAGACAUAGUGCAGUCAUGGCUGGAUGAAGGCACCAGCCACCCCAUCUUGCAGUGCGAAAUGUUGGCAGUCUGUGUUGCAGCCGCACUCUGGGGCUCAGCCAUGGCAGAGUGGUCAGAACUGCAGCUGCCUUGGGAAGGGGGCACCUUCGGCUUCGUUUCUGAGGAGAGAACGUUCCUAGACGACUUACAGGACAGUCAGGCAGAGAGACAAGCAGCCUUGUCAAAGUGGAGUCCGCUUCUUCGAGCAGUGCCUCACUUUUUCCAGCCUGAAACAGUCAGUGAAAUAGCCAACGAAGACAGCUGCGUGGAGCUUGGGAACCUGGACCUCAGGUUCGCCAAGAAAAGUACAAACACACUUCUUAACAGGGUCAGCAGUCUCCAGAGGUUGGCAGCCUGGACGCUGAAGGCUUUCCCUCACGAGCCUCUGAGCGAGCCUCUGGUGUUCUUGUACUGUCAGCACGUGACUAGUCAGCAGCCCAGCAGCAGCGCCCCAGACCAGCUGUGUCAGGCCCUCAACUUCAGUGAGGGCAGCCUGGGUCUUCAGGUGCCAGCAGCGAGACUAGUCAGUCCGAAAGUGCAAGGACUCGCACACCAAAGCCUCAGGAAGCAGAAGCCAAGCAAGCAGGCGCCCGCGUUGAGCACAGACCAGGUCAGGUGGCUUCAGUCUUUUUCAGUCUCAGACGAGUCUCAGCACGAGUGCUACUUGGCGGCCACCUUCCUCUUUAUGGUGUACGCUAGAGCCAGACACAGCGAUGUGAAACGCAGCCAGAAGCUGAUCAUCGACAGAGAUGAUGCAGGGCAAGCGUGGGCUGAACGCUGGUUAGAGCUCAGGAGUGACCUCGGCCUUCGGUGCGAAGGUAGCCUCAGUGACAGUCCUCUUCUACCAGAACUGGCGGCAGAUGGAAGUCUAUUACCAGUCAAUAUGGACUCAGCGACAGCAUCAAGGUGGCUCAGGUGCUUACUCGCCAAGCAGCCUGGUAGCAAUGCAGACGACAUCUUGAAGAUGUCCAGCCAAGGUCUCAAGGCAACGUGCCUUAGCUGGACCAUGAAAGCAGGCAUACCAGACGGUGACCAGACACUCUUAGGUUACCACAGUCGCGGCAAGAGUUCAAGUGCCAUGAGCUACGGCCGUCAGGACGUUGGCAACGUGACGGUGAACGCCUAG